UGUUUGUGUUGUCUGCAGAGCAGAAGGGGUUGUGUGAGUGAGUGUGUCUGUCUGGGGAUUUGGUCGUUAGGGUGUUGAGGCGAGCAUCAUCACCGGUGAAACACGACCCGCUGCUGGUGACGGCGCCGGCAGUGAGCUGCCUUUUAUAUUGGGACUAGCUUUCACAUCAACCUCUCUCCCUCCAACGCCGCCGGCUUCAUUCCCCAGUCUACCGGCCGGCCCCCUCCCUCCUCCCCUCCUCUCCUCCAAACCUCACACUUUAUCCUCCUCUAUACCGUUUUUAUUUUUUUAUUUAAAAACAAAAAAAUAAUCCUCUUGAAGCCGCAGCGAGGAGAGGAGCGGAGAGAUGAACAUGAGGAGCCUUGGGUCGUGGCUGGGACUUUAUCUGGCGCUGCUGCUGUCUCGAGUGUCCGGGGAAGAGCCGGCAGAAUGUGCAGAAUUGGAGACCUGUGACCGCUGCACCACAGGUGAUGCUUCACUGAACCUGACAGACUGUGUGUGGGUGCAUUGUGAGUCGGAAACUUUUUGCAUUGCAAAGGAUAAAAACAACCUGACGGACUGCACCGUCCACUCCGAGCCCUCGAUGUGUGAAGCUAUCACCACAACCAAGGAAGCCAUUACUGCAGAAGCUGACACCACAUCGGAGGUCCCGACCACAGCUCCAGUCUACUCCCCCUCCAGCUUUGACCCAGCCAGCUUCAUCGGUGGAAUGGUGCUGGUUCUAGGCGCCGAGGCAGCGUUUUUCUUUGCAAUCAAGUUCUUCAAAGCUCGGGACGGGACCUACCAAACGCUCAGUGAGGAGGGCCAGUAGAUUGUGUCAGGCUUGGCUCCACCAUCGGCUUGCUGUAAAUGAACUAACCUGCCUUGCAGAUGACCAGCAACAAUCAGUUCUGUUUUGUGAUCAUGAUUUGGGGUUCAGUUUCGUUUUGCUGUGCAUUUAAAUUCUUACACUCUAACUUUGAAUGUGGUAUGCAUUUACAGGCAGGUUGUUUUAUUUUUUAAUAAGCUCCAUAUUUAAAGAUGAUUGUUACUAUCUGCCUUGAAUUAAUUGGUCUCACAUGCCUGUGACGGGCUGGGAGUUUGGUAAUCUGCAUUAACCAUUGACAAGUUGGCCUUUUCUUAACCAUUGUUUCUUAACGGAAGUUUUAGAACUUUUAAGCCUUUUAAAGUGAGUUUGUAGUUGUGUUAAUCAUGGUUCUGUAAUGGCCUGUAGACUACAGUGUUGAACUGUGCGCAGCGGGUAGAGCUGCUGCCUCAUAGCACCAGAGACCCCGGUUCCAUCCUGGCCACUGGUGCUCUCUGUGUGGAGUUUGCACGUUCUCUGUGACCGGGUGGGUUUUCUCCA